AUGGCUGCAGGGGGCAAGAGUGUGUGGACGCUGCCGGAGCGGCGGCGCCAGCGGCUGUUGGCUGAGCGCCACUACUCCAGCGCCAGCGCCACGCUCGGCCGCUUGGGGGAGGCGCCGCUGGCGCUGGUUCGCGUGCAGCUGGAGAGGGUGGCGCUGUUGGAGGUGGUGGCCGAAGGGAUGAGUGCCUCUUCUUCACGGAUCCAGAUUCUGACUUCUGCACUCCAUCUCCUCGCGGAGACCAAGGACGCCCUGCACGCUAUCGCCACCACCACCACCACCACCGACAACAUCACCACCACCACCACCAACCCCACCACUACCAACUCCGCUACCGACAUCACCAACCUCACCACCAACACCACUACCAAGGCCACCACCCAUCUCACCACGACCUCCACCAACCCCAGCACCACCAGGAGGAGUGGCUGGACUGGUGCUCGUCUUGUGGACAAUCAGGAGAAUGAGGUAGCGGUGGAGGAGGUGAAGGUGGAGGUGGAGGAGGUGGAGAAGGUGGUGGAGGAGGUGACGGUGGAGGAGGUUAAGGUGGUGGAGGUAGUGGAGGAGGUGAAGGAGGAGGUGGUGGAGGUGAAGGAGGAGGUGAAGGAGGAGGUGAAGGAGGAGGUGGAGGAGGCGGAGCGGCUGGUGUUGAUGCUUGAGUCACGUCUGGCACAGCUGCUCCUACAGCUGCUCAAGCUGCUGAGUGGUGGCGGUGGUGGUGGUGGUGGCGGUGGCGGUGGUGGCGGUGGUGGCGGUGGCGGUGGUGGUGGCGGUGGUGGUGGUGGCGGUCACCACGGUUCUCGGCGGAGAGCGAGCAGCAACCGCAGCAACCGCAGCAACAACAACAGCAGCAGCAACAGCAGCAGCAGCAGUAGCCGCCAUUCGCCGUUGAGCGGCGGUGACGUCGCCGUGGCGCCUGUGCCAGGCCAGGUGCACGGGCUGUCUCUGGAUGAGACGCAGGCUGUGCUCGUGGCGCGCUAUCGCCGUCUGUACGUGGCUCUACUGCAGCGUUGCUGCUCCUCUGGCAAGGAACAGCGGCAGCAGCAGCAGCAGGAACAGCAGGAACAGGAACAGCGACAGCAGGAACAGCGGCAGCAGGAACAGCAGCAGCAGCAGGAACAGGAACAGCAGGAACAGCAUCAGGAACAGGAACAGCGACAGCAGGAACAGGAACAGCAGCAGGAACAGGAACAGCAGGAACAGCGGCAGCAGGAACAGGAACAGCAGCAGGAACAGGAACAGCAGGAACAGCGGCAGCAGGAACAGGAACAGCGGCAGGAACAGCGACAGCAGGAACAGCGGCAGCAGGAACAGCGGCAGCAGCAGCAGGAACGGCGACAGCAGGAACAGGAACAGCAGGAACAGCAGCAGCAGGAACAGGAACAGCGGCAGCAGGAACAGGAACAGAAGCAGCAGGAACGGCGGCAGCAGGAACAGAAGCAGCAGGAACGGCGGAAUGACAGCGGCAGCAGCAGCAGCAGGUGGAGUGUCGCGGAAAGAGCGGAGAUACUGGCGGAGAUCCUCGCAGAGCUGGAGUAGAGAGACACGGGGAGAGAGACACGGGGAGAGAGACACGGGGAGAGAGACACGGGGAGAGAGACACGGGGAGAGAGAGACACGGGGAU